AUGGGGCUGUCCUUAAAUAAGUUUGGCCCAAGUCAUAGUCGCGGACAUGCCUUAGACCUGGUGUUCACCUCUAUGGAUGUGGGUGACCUGACACUACAACCUAAUCCUCCAAUAGAUGAAGUCAUACAAAAACCAGGAGUUGUGCAGAGAUUUGUGAAAUUUCUAGAAAAGAAUGACAAUUGCACUCUUCAGUUUGAAGCAGCAUGGGCUCUUACAAAUAUAGCAUCUGGGACAUUUCUGCACACCAAAGUGGUAAUCGAGACUGGAGCUGUCCCAAUUUUUAUCAAGUUGCUGAACUCUGAACAUGAAGAUGUCCAGGAACAGGCAGUGUGGGCUCUUGGUAAUAUUGCUGGAGACAAUGCAGAAUGUAGAGAUUACGUGUUAAGCUGUGGAAUUCUUCCCCCUCUCUUACAACUGCUAACACAUUCAAACAGACUUACGACGACUAGAAAUGCAGUCUGGGCACUUUCAAACCUCUGUAGAGGCAAGAACCCACCUCCUGAUUUCAGCAAGGUUCGUCUUUGCUUAGGUGUUUUGUCAAGGCUGUUGUUUAGCAGCGACCCAGAUGUAUUAGCAGAUGCUUGCUGGGCCCUCUCUUACCUAUCCGAUGGACCAAACGAUAAAAUCCAAGCAGUUAUUGACUCUGGAGUCUGCCGAAGAUUAGUAGAACUUCUGAUGCACAAUGACUACAAAGUGGUAUCGCCUGCAUUAAGAGCAGUUGGAAAUAUUGUUACUGGUGAUGAUAUUCAAACACAGGUAAUUCUAAAUUGCUCUGCAUUACCCUGUCUCUUACAUUUGCUGAGUAGUCCCAAGGAAUCUAUACGGAAAGAAGCUUGCUGGACAGUUUCUAAUAUUACUGCAGGAAACAGAGGCCAAAUUCAGGCUGUUAUAGAUGCAAAUAUAUUUCCAGUAUUGAUUGAAAUUCUUCAGAAAGCUGAAUUUCGCACUAUAAAAGAAGCAGCAUGGGCCAUCACUAAUGCAACAUCAGGAGGGACUCCUGAACAGAUUAGUUAUUUGGUGGCUUUAGGCUGUACCAAGCCUCUCUGCGAUCUUCUGACUGUGAUGGAUUCUAAAAUAGUUCAGGUGGCAUUGAACGGACUUGAAAACAUUCUGCGACAUGGAGAGCAAGAAUCUAAACAAAAUGGGAUUGGGGUUAAUCCUUACUGUGCCCGUAUAGAGGAAGCGUAUGGACUAGAUAAAAUUGAAAUUCUUCAAAGUCAUGAAAACCAGGAGAUCUACCAAAAAGCUUUUGAUCUUAUUGAACAUUACUUUGGUGUGGAAGAAGAGGAUGCCAAUAUUGUACCACCAGUGGAUGAAAAUGAACAGCAGUUUUUGUUCCAGCAGCAGGAAGCUCCAAUGGAGGGAUUCCAGUUGUAACCAUUCAGUUUAAAGCAAAAUCAGUAGCUCAUCAUGGUAGCCUCCAUUUGUGGGCCAAAGACAGGAAAGGUGGAAAUGUUUUGCUGGAGACGGAUGAAGAAGCAAACUCGUGCAUUUAUGUGUUUUUGUGUCAGACACAAGUAUUGGUUCAUUCUUUUUUAUAUGUGUAUGUUUCCAUUGUCUUACGUGCAGAAAAACCGACUAAUCACAACUAAAAGUUUAGAAUAAGGCUUGAAUAGUGACCUCAGUAAGACAUUGGAAACUGAUGCUGAGUUUUCAAGCAGUUGUUAAAAAGGCAAAAUUGUGCAUAAACAGCUGUUGAUAUUUUAAAUUUUGGCUGUAGGGUUCACGUGCCCAUUCUACACUAAAUCUACCUCUUUGCGUUGGAGCAAGAAAGAUGUUUCAGAACUGACGUAUAUAUGAGCUCCUAGUAAAAGCUAAGCUUAGAAUGUGAACGUUAUUUAUUUAAAUAGUGGGAAAUAUAGUUUUUUGCGUGAUACUUUGUGAUAAACUGAUGAAAUAUAUUUAUAUUUAAAAGCAUAACACUUACUGGGGUUCACUGCUGGUUACAUGACAUAACCUUGUCAUGUAGGAAAAAAUGGUUUUUCUGCUAUGUGAAAAGGGAUGGUAGCUUUGUAAUUUAUAUAGCCCUUACCUAGCCAUGUCAGCAAAAUUCCCUCUUCCUCUUAUUUCUUCAGUGGUAUUGCAAAUAGGUUUGCCAAGUGUUCAGCUGGCUCCUUCAACAGCAGCUAGAUGGGCAGUGGGAUAAUGUUUGCCUCCAUGCUGUGAAAUGUAUUACCUGCUGAUUUUUGUGCAUCAGGUUGCUGUUAAUAGGCAUGAGAGCAGGCUAGGCUGUUUUUGGUCAGUUGGCAACCUGAUUACAAAAUGGUUAAAAAUUAGUUUGCCUCGCAAUGACCUCUGUGUUCUUGCGAGGAUGAGGGAAGGCUUCUCUGUAUAGAAGACUCCACGUUGUAACUUCAAUGCUACCAAAGUGUGAAACUGCAAUAUUCUCUUUUCUUGAAACAAUGAUUACAUGCUUUAUUUACACACAGUCCCAUGUGUUACAUUGACCCAAAUACACUAAUGCAUCUCAUACGACUUUUGGGGCUUAAAAAAAAACAACCAACAACAACAGACCGGUCAGAGUACUUCCGGUUUGCAGCAGUGCUAUAUUGGGAGAACAUAUUUUUCAGUUAAUUGAAAUAAAGAUCGGUUUCACUGUAAAUGCGAUAGUAGGUGUUUUGAGUAUGCAAAUUUCUCUGACAAUUUAUGCAAAGUGUUUAAAUGAUAUGAUGCCAGGCAAUUUAAAAAAUAACCUGAAUUCAGACCCAGAGACCCAUUUUGUCGCUAGGUUUGAAUCCACAUGGAUUUAUUUAUUUAUUUAUUUAUUUAUUUAUUUAUUUAUUUGGUAGCACAAUUAAAGGACUCCGGUUAAUUUUGCUUACCACAAAUGUAUUGAUCUGUGUGACAUAUAUAAAACAACUUGUAUAUAAUUGCAGUUGAUUUCCUUUUUUCAUAGUAUUGUGUAAUGUUAAACAAAAGCAAAAAUAGAUGCACUCCAAAAUCUAAGGGGGCUCUUUAUAUUGUACCUGCAAACAAAUUCAUAUGUUAAAAGUUUAAAUCUUGAUCUUUCCGUCUUCUGUUCCAGUCCUAUGAGCAUGAUCAAUGCAAGGACCUGCCAUAGCCAGGCUGGGUGGAGACAAAGCAGCUGUGUUGCUUAGGCAUCUUGCAUAGCUAUUGAAAAAUUAUCCUUCAGUGGCAGAUGCGUAUUGUGAGGAAUUUCUGCGUGAAGCAGCUCAGAGUACCGGUCGGCUGUUAGACACUUCCGUAUCUCACAUACAUCUUGCUCCAUCCCCUGGGAGACUUUUGCUCUCCAUAGUUGUGAGAACUGCAAGUGCAGUAACAGAUACAUGCCUAGCCUUCUGUGAUGCGCACAGGUCUCUGUAGCCAGGUUCACAAAGGCAUUGUAGCAGCAAUAUCCACUUCUAAAGGGUUAUGGAGUCAAAGUUUGCCAGUGGAUGUGUUGCAAUAUUAAUAGCUGUAGCUUAUGUAAAGAUAGUGAGGUACAACUAGGGGGGAAAUGCAGGAAUGCUUGCUGGAAAUCAAAUGUAUCGUCGGGAGAAGAAUUGUGCAGCUAGCUAUGAAUUCUGUUUGUAGCUUUGAACAGGUAACACUUGAUAUAAGGGUGAAUUUGUCCCCUUUUUGAAUAGGAAAUGUUGGUCCUGAGUGUCUUAUAUCAUUCAUUCCAAAUACAGGUUAAUGAAAGUGGUCAGUAAAAAAGAUAAAUUUAUCAGAAUUGCUCUAGAAUUUUAAAAAAACAAAAACAAAUGUUCAGGGUUGACAGGGUAUCCCAUUGUUUUGCUAUAUUACAAAAAUUGCCAGUUGUGCCUGCUCUUAAUUGGAGAAUUCAGUAGAUACUAUCAUCAAAACAUUUACAUCUGAGCCAAACUCAAGACUUUAUACAAACCGUAGAAGAAAUAGAAAUAUUAGAGACAAAUGAAUUUAAUGUGUAAUUUGGAAAUAUGUCUCUUUGAGUCUAGUCUAUAACAUGAAUUUGGAAACUUCCGAGAAUCAUUGCUGAAGCUGUACGGUUUUAUAUGGUUAAUUUGGAUCUUUUAAAUACCAGUAUUUGAUUUAACUUCAAAUUCACUCUUAUGCAUGAAACUGAGAAGUUUUGAUGCUUAAUAGAGGGAUGUUGGAGGUGAAACCUUUUAUCAGAACACGUGUGAGUGGCAACUGUAGUCUCCUGGAUUUAGUAGUCAAUCCAAAAUGGUUUGGGUUUUUUGAAUUUGUAUAAUUAAACCAUUAUGGUGUUUCCCUGGUGCAGGUUGUGUGAUUCUCACAUAAAUGCCUCAUUUUGACAUGACCUCAGUCUAUGCAACCAUGCCAAGUAUUUAUUUCAGAUACGAAACCAUAUCUGAGUUUUGUUUUGUGUUUGGGUCCCUGCACUUUUAUCAUUGAAUAAUUUAUUCAUUUUGCUAUUACAUUUAUAGUAUUGCCUUUUUAAAAGGGUGGUAACAAAAUAAUGGGCAUUCAUUCAAUGAUUGGUUUACGUUUAGAAAAUGAUUAUUAGUUGGAUUGUUUAACAGAAAAUAAUUAUUACUUUUACAUUUGAUUCCAGAUUGAUUUAUUUGCUUGAACCUUAUUAACUUAUUAACCUGCAAAUAUGUUUGAAAAAAUACAGAUUAUGAAACUGCUACAAAGAUUCACAUCUCCAAUAAGAGUUGUUCUUAGUCAUUAUUGUUACUGUGUUUUUGAACAUUCAUUUGUAAUUUGAUCAAUACUGCAUCUUUAAAGACACACUAGAGGCUCUAACUGAACAAACUUACAAAUAAGAACAGUAUGCAAUAUUAGGGGAUGUUACUACUAUAAAUGCUACAAUACAAAACUAAUAAAGGUAUUUUGCAAAGGCA